AUGUCUGACCAGGAGGCAAAACCUUCAACUGAAGACUUGUGGGAUAAAAAGAAAGGAGAAUACAUAAAACUAAAAGUUACUGGACAUGAUAGCAGUGAGAGUCACAUCAAAAUGAAGAUGACAGAACAUCUCAUGAAACACAAAGAAUCAUACUGUCAAAGACAGGAGGUUCCAUUGAAUAUAUCAAGGUUUCUCCUUGAAGGCCAGAGAAUGGCUGAUACUCAUAUUUCAAAAAAACUGGGAAUGGAGGAAGAUGUGAUUUAA